GGUUCUGCAGAUUUGGUUAAUAUCAUAUACAUAAGAUUUGCAUUCAAAAUAUAUCGAUGCUACAUUAUGUAGUCAACAGUUGUUGCGAAAGUCUGUUGUUAAAAAUCUUAAGGCUCAAUCCAUCACCUCUGAUUUAAUAAUAUCUGUGCAUAUGUAUAACUUGUCGAUAUGACAUUAUUAUUAUGCAUAAAUGUACCUACAAUCAGUAUAUUAUACUACAUUGUAAAGCAUUGUAUAGAAUACAAUAUCGUAGAGCGCUUUGGCGAUGCUUGCGGCGGUUUAAAAAAAAAAAUCAAUCGUCGACCACUGCAGCGUAGGUAUACAACAGCAGCUGGUACCUAAGUGCAGUUACCAACGGCAACACCGGUGACCGGUAACCAAAACAGUAGUUAUCGGGGAUAAAGCGCGUACAAAAUGUAUACUGUGCGUGUAAUAGUAUGGCCUUUUUGGCGGAGGAUAACGUCGAUACAUAUUAAUCAUAUCUGUAAUAUUAACUCUCAGUCGUAACGAAUACCUACACGUCAUAGGUAAAUAGGUUUGCGUCCUAAUCGCUGUGAAAUACAAUGUACGACGAGGAGAUUGACGUAAAGGAUGCCGAGGAUGUCGACAGUGAGUCGUCUGAUAGCAGCAUCGACAACGACAGCAGUAGAGAUCUGAGGACGCCCAGUGCCAAGCAGCGAAAAAUGUUGAUGUCCAGUGGUUCAGGUCGGAGGUCCAGGUCCAGACUCAGAGCCGUGGAUUACGAAGAAGUGGACGCGGCCGUGAAAGAAGAUCCAGACAGUUUUGACGUGCACGAAGCUCAGAGGGAUUACAAUAAAGACGUCGAUCUUCUUCACUUAUCCCAAGAUAUUAAAGACGUGUUCAAAUACAUAUCAAUGUACUACCCCCAGAAGCCGAAACUUGAGUUCAGGUUGCAGCCGUUCAUACCGGAUUACUUGCCUGCCGUAGGUGACGCCGAUGCGUUUAUCAAAGUGAUUGCACCAGAUCCUUCCAUACAGGCGGGCUUAGGACUGGAGUACUUGGACGAGCCAUGCCUAAACCAAAGCGACCCGUGUCUGCUCAACUUACAGCUUCGGGCGUCGUGUUCGUCGUCGUCCAAGUCGCUGGUGGUGAAAAAAUUGGAGAGUGCCGAGAAAAAUCCAAAAGUCAUCGAACAGUGGAUACGCGACAUAAAUGAAUUGAACCGUGGAAAAACGUCUGCAUUUUUUUAUUCCAAAAAAAUGCCAGACGUAGAAACAGUAAUGGAACCGUGGAUGGACGGUGGCGAUCAGAAAAGCAGAGACAUGCCGGAUUUCGAAAAUGCAGAUUUGUUGACUCUUGUUGAUGAAGUUUGUGAUUACUUCGGGAUCCCGAAGACUGACACGAAAGUUGAGUCUCUGCACCUGUUGUUUUCCGUAUACGUGGCUAUCAAGAACUCUCGAGCUCAAAACACAACCGUCCUAGCUUCGGACAAUAGCAGUUAAUACGAAUUAGUCACAUUCACAAAAGUGGUAUUAACUAAUAUAAUAUGACGUUGUCGUUCGGUGUAUUGUGUGUAUAAUACAUAAAUGUUUAUUAUUUACUGUAUAUUUUGUGUUUAUAGUAAUAUUAUAUUAUAAAUAUAACAAUCAUGCAUGUUUUUAGUAGUGUAUUAGUGCCAUUCCCUAAAUGCAAGUCUACGGGUGAACGAUCGAAAAGCAUAAUAAUAUAAUAAUACAUAAAUAUUAUUAUCAUACAUCGCAUAAACGAUUAACCAACAUUAUACUACCAUUAUUACCUGUAUAUAUAUAUACUAUACUAUACCAUUAUAUAUUAUGUCAUCUUUGUAUAAAAUUAUCGUGCCCU